GGCCAGCAGGGUGGGGAACCAGUCAGUGAUGUGAAGGAGAGCGUUGGACACCCUCCUCCGUCGCCGCAGCAAUGGGCUGUGCACAAACCCCACGCCGCGGAUGCCUCCCUCCCAGUACGUCCCCUGAAACCAACGAAAUGAACAUUUAAAGACGAAAGGCUUGCUGGUCGCCGCUCGAGUGCUGGAGGAACAUGUUAGCCAGGCGGAGAUGCCGAACGUGAGCUUGAACCUACAAGACAUCUACAAAGGAUGGACGAAGUGGUGCUCGCAUAACCAGCAUGCCGAGAGGCCGGCCGACGGCUGCAAUGUGCCCAUCAAACUUGAACCUGAAGGUGGCGCUGACGAGAGCCCCGCCAAAUACAACAACAACAACACAGAUGCUGAAGGGCUGCACGCCUCCAAGACAGAAGGCGUGGAACGCUCCAACGGACAUGACGACAAUGGCUGCCGCUCACCUCAACCUGAAGACAAAGAACGAGCACAAGAGCAGCAGCCAGAAGUCACCAUCGAUGUCCAGUUGGGGUCACGUGCCAAUCAAACCGAGGCUACGCCCGUGCAAGCCAACGAUUGCUCGGACGACGAGGCGCAGGAAAGUACAACUGGCUUGAAAGAUGGACAAGAAAUGUUUUGCGCCAUCAACGUCCCGCCGCCUGCAGAUGCUAAUGUCACGACUGAGCAGGACAAAGAGGAGGUCGCCAAGAUGGAGCUCAGUGAUGACACCGCCCAGUCGGAGCAGGACAACAACCAGACAGGGGCGCCAGAGUCUACCGAUCACGACAAGAUGGCGGCGGAGAAGCCAGAGCACGUGGAUGUCGCCAUCACUCUUAACAUCGACGUUGGUAAAAGUGACGUUUGUCUCGCCGAAGAAGCAGCAACUCCCAAGAGGAAGAGGAAGAGAAAGAAGGCGACCAAAAUGGCACCUGAGGAGGCCCCGGAGACGAGGCAGGAAGAUCAGGUAAAAAAAACAAAGAAAGGCAGGAAGAGAAAGAAAGAGGAAGAUGAAAAGGAGGAAAAGAAGGAGCCAGAGGUGGAGGAUGUCGUGCUUCCACCGCUGGAGAAGAAGAGAAAAAAGAGGAAGAAGGAGGAAGAGGAGGAGGAGGAGGGAGAAGGUCAAGACAACAAGGAUGUGCAGUGUGAUGAAGGAGCAGCAGGGGGCGAUGCAGACCCACAAAAGGAGCUGCAGGUGGAAGGUGGCGCCGACCCUCAACUCUCCACCCAGAAGCGACGUCGACGACGGGGGAAGCGAGCCCGGAAGCAGACGCAACAGCAGCGGGACGCAAGCGAGGAAGACCGAACUCCUCAAUCCUCCAAACUGGACCUGGCUAACAAGACCACCACGGGACCUCAAGAGAACCACUCUCUGACCAGUGCCGCCAAGGAUGAGACAGAAGCCAGUGAGGAGAAGGUUGAAGGUGCUAGGGAGGCCAAGAGCAAGAAGAAAAGGAAGAAGAAGAGGUCAGUCCAUGAGGCAGCAAUGGAAGAAAGCAGAAAUGGCGAGAACGCUGACGACUCACCAGAGGUGAAAAAAAAGAAGGAGGAGGAGGAAGCUGCCCAAAGUCACAAAACUCCUCUUCAUGGCGACUCACUCCGCAAGAAAAAAAAGAAGAAGAAGAAGAAGGUGAAGAGCGAAACGCAGAAGGACCAAGACGCUGAACCCGCGUGUGUUUGAAGACCACCACGUUGGACCUGAAAAACACAAACCCACUCCACAAUCAGUUGCACCUUUGCCACCUCCACUGCCAACUUUUUUGUUUUUGGGACGUAGACAGUUUGACAUGUAGGUCUUCCAUGUUUGUAUGCAAAUUUCACUGUAGCAAGUAAAAUGCCGUGUUGAGAAGAGCCCUAAGAACUCCAGAAUCCAUAGUGUCUCCUUUGAGUGCAUUUGUGCUACCUUGAACGUGCCCAAGUCGAGGCUCCCCGCCCCUGCCCGCAAGUUUUUCAGUGUUCAGAAUGGAGGCUGACAUUUCCAAGAGACAAAGUAAAUGUGAAGUACAAGCGCCACCGCAUCGAUCCAAGUAGCUUUUAGGCUUAAUGAGGCACAAAGAGCAACAACAAUAGGUCAUUGACUUUUCUUGGUUAGAAGAAAAAACAUGCCUACAAAGACACACUCUUGAUUUGACGUUUCGCUCCCACGCAUUUGCCGCUCCAAAUUGUCCGUAGGUGCGAGCGCCAAGGGUCGUUCGUCUCUAUUUGCCCUGCCACUGGCUGGCGACCGGUUCAGAAUUUCAAAAUUGAGCUGGGCUAGGUAAAGUAAAAAGAAACUAGUCAGACAGGACAACAAUGUCAACCUAAGAGCAAGGUUUCCUGCUGUAUAAACGUGUGACAUUAACAUUGUGAGUGUUUGCCCAAAAUGCGACUGAUUAACAUUUUGUUGAAAAAUCUGAUGGUAAUAAAGUACAUACUGGAGUCGUUA